CAGCAUGCAGCGCUAUCAAGCCCGGUUGCUGAGAGCUCCAAACAACAACCAAUCGAGUGAUGAGCCAAAGGAGCCCGUGAAAUCUGCGCGCGAGGGGGAGGAUGACACCAAUAUUCACAUCCACGCAAAGUUUCCCAGCGUUUCAUCUCGACACUUUCUGCCCAUCUGCACGCCUGAAGUCCCGUCCAGAGAAUCAGACAGCUGCUGCUGCUGGAACAGGGAGUUUCUGCAUCCCCCUCCUCCGUCAUUAGUCGAGUUCAGACCCUCACCGCACUGUCGGCAUCAUCAGCGCUGGAGAAAACACAGCUUUACUGGCUAGACACAAGGAUUGUUCAGAUACGCAGCUCGAGAGACACAAGAUUAAGGAUACAUGUGAAGAUGAGAGGUCAACCAACUGGUCGUCUGCAAAUAAAUGGAAGGACCUAAACAAUGAGUCAACUUUCAUCUGCUGUUUAACGGUUUUGUGAACACCUAGCUUCUCCUCAAACAACUUUGGGACUUAUGGAGGGCUCUGCGAACUCGGACAACAUCAGCAACACCUCAGCUGGGUUGGGCCAGGGAACAUGGGUUGAGUCCAGCGUGUGCCCUCCCUCUGUGAGUGGCACAACACUUCUGAUCGUGGCCUACAGCACCGUUAUCGCGGUGGGAUUGGUGGGCAACACUUGUCUGGUCUUCAUCAUAUCCAGACAGAAGGAGAUGAGGAACGUCACCAACAUCCUCAUUGCCAACCUCUCCUGCUCUGACAUCCUCAUGUGUGUGGUGUGCCUCCCCGUGACGGUCAUCUACACGCUCAUGGAUCGCUGGAUCCUGGGUGAGACGCUGUGCAAGGUCACGCCGUUCGUGCAAUGCAUGUCCAUCACGGUGUCCAUCUUCUCGCUGGUCCUCAUCGCGUUGGAGCGGCAUCAACUCAUCAUCCACCCCACCGGCUGGACGCCCGCCGCAGGCCAUUCCUACCUGGCCGUGGCAGUCACCUGGAUGGUGGCCUGCUUCAUUUCCCUACCCUUCCUGUCCUUUAACAUCCUCACUAAUGCCCCCUUCCAGAACCUCAGCCUUCCAUUCAACCCGUUCAGCGACCACGUGAUUUGCAUGGAGCUCUGGCCGUCCGAACGCAACCGUUUGGCGUACACAACCUCGCUUCUGCUAUUCCAAUACUGCCUCCCCCUGCUUCUCAUUCUACUCUGCUACUUGCGCAUAUUCCUGCGUCUUCGCAGACGGAAGGACAUGGUGGAGCAAGCCACCGAGGCCCGGCAGAGGAAGGCGCGGGGCGCUCAGCGUGUCAACGCCAUGUUGGUUGUAAUCGUGGUCGCUUUCGCUCUCUGCUGGCUCCCGCUCAACGUCUUCAACACUAUCUUUGACUGGUACCACCAGGUGCUUCCUUCUUGCCAGCACGAUGUCAUCUUCUCGGCCUGCCACCUCACGGCAAUGGCGUCUACCUGCGUGAACCCAGUAGUGUACGGCUUCCUCAACACCAACUUCCAGAAGGAGCUGAAGGCGACGCUCCAGCGCUGCCAUUGUGGCUGGGGUGUACCAGAGACCUACGAGAGCUUCCCGCUGUCGACGGUGGCCACUGACGUCACCAAGGUCUCAUCCAUGCAGCAGGGCUCUCUACUGAGAUCGGAACAGUGCGCUCACUGCUAAAGAGAUGGCAGGAACGGAGGGAAGAAUAAGGGGAGGGGUUGAGGAUGAGCUGGCACUGUUUCCAUGGAGACGUGGAGUUGCUAUGUGGGUUUCUGCAUCAGUUCAUACCCAAGAGAUCUAAAAACAACCUCAACCCACUGUUGCCGUGUUUUCUGGGGUCCAGGUGUGGAACGCGGUGUGAUGUUUUGUUAUCAACAGCUAGGGUAGUCAGGGCGUUAUUCCUCUCUCCGUGUACGACAUGUACGGGAUAAAUAUUCCAUCAAGAAUGUGAUUAUUCCUCUGAUGACACUUUCAAGCUUUUGUGUUAGGGAGGAAGGACUGAUUUAUGAGGCUGGAUUGUUUAAGCAAGUUGCAAACAGCAAGUUGUUGUUAUAAUGAAAGUACUUUUCAUGUGCAAUUCUAUCAGUUAUUUAUUCACUGUAGCAGGGAGUCGGUGCCCUCACCAAAGUAUUUCUUCUGUCUGGUUUUGUUGUUGUUGGUGUUGUUGUUUAAUGAAUUGUAACUAUUACUAUUUAUUGUGCUGCUUUGGUGAGACCGCCUGCGCUGCAUUUUAACUUUUUUAAUCGUGCCUCUGUAAUAUUAGGAAGCAUAUUAAACAUUUGAGCAUUGGUGUUAGCUUAACAACACAUCCAUCUUCUGUUACAAUAGAUACAUGACUGUGCCAAUGCCAGUUUAGUAUUACAUAUUUUCUUGAUGAUUGAAGUCAAAGCAAAGUUCAGUUUCUAACAAAAGUGUUUGGUGUUGACGUUCUUGUUGCCUUAUAAAUGGUAGUUCUGAAAGUGCAAAUAAAUUUGGAAACAUGA